GAUAAAAUUGACAUCUCCACCUGCCCCGUGUCGUACGAUGGCGCAAAUCCAACCCUGCCCUCACUUUCCUGCAGAGGAGGUUGUAAUGUAACCCACCCCACACAGUCUAGCGAGCAUCACAUUUAACAAAGCAUUGUAGCAUAACGGUGAAUACCAUUCAGUUUUUAAUCCGAAAAAAAAGAAACUAAACGUAAUUUCAAAUUGCAUAAUAUUAAAUAUGCAUAAUUUAAUUAUCUGGAAAUGUUAUCUCUAAAUAGAAGAAAAACACUACAAUGUGUAGGUAACUGAACUAUCACGGCUUCUUUUAUUGCCUCCCAUUUUUUAACGCGGGUUUAUUUCGGACAAGCCAUUUCAUCCUGCCAGUUACGCCCAGUAGCCCAGACCGCCGGGCGUGCCAGGAUACUCUGACCACUGCGCGCAAUAACCAGCUACUGCGGUGCAGCAUCCGGAGGAGCGCAACUCUUCUCCCCACAGCACCGUACGCGUCCUGGAUGACUGAUGUAGAUGCGCAAUGAUCGAGUCGCGGUUUGUCCUUCCAUCUCCUGUCCUAAACGAAACUCAUGCUUUAACAAGGAUGCUGCGUCUUUUUAAUUAUUCAUGACGCUUAUGUUUGUUUUGGAUGGAGAUUGUCUCCAGAUAUGAGUAUUUCUAAUAAACGAUAUGUAUGUGAUGUGUCACUGUUUUCUGAACGAGAAGAUCAUAUUCUCCUUCAUCGCUGAGCGGGAUCGGUUGUGUAACUGACGCGCACUGGGCAUCCUUUUUCUCGGCGGGACUAUUACGCUGCCCUCUCCUGUUGAUCGCUUCGGUGUGUACAUAUGAUGUAAUUGGGAGCGCAGGUAUGAAUUGGAUAUUUUUGUAAGGAUUGUCACUGCGAGCCCCUUGAGUCGUCUUUUGAUCAACUCUGCACGUCAAAAAAGCUCCAAGUAUGGCUGAAAAGCCUUCAGAGCCGGGGUCAGUUUCCAUACCCAUGGAGGAGACCAAACUUCAUGUAGGAGCUCCUCCAGAUGCUGCCAUGCUUACUCAUUUGAAGAAGGUGGAAAACCACAUCACAGAUGCGCAGAGGUUUUCUCACCUGCCUCGGCGUUCAGCGGUGGACCUGGAGUUUAGGGAGCUCUCAUACACCAUCCGUGAAGGCCCCUGCUGGAGGAGGAGGGGAUUUAAAGCCCUUCUAAAGUGUCUCUCUGGAAAGUUCUGCAAUCGGGAGCUUAUUGGAAUCAUGGGUCCCUCAGGGGCUGGAAAAUCCACUCUCAUGAACAUACUUGCUGGUUACAGAGAGACAGGCAUGAAAGGUCAGGUCCUGGUCAAUGGCCGACCCCGUGACCUCCGCACCUUCAGAAAAAUGUCAUGUUACAUCAUGCAGGAUGACAUGCUACUGCCACAUCUCACAACACGAGAGGCAAUGAUGGUCUCCGCUAACCUCAAACUAAAUGAAAAUAUGGAGGUUAAAAAAGAACUGGUGGAUGAGAUCCUGACAGCAUUAGGACUGCAGGAGUGUGCCCAAACUCGUACCAUCUCUCUGUCAGGUGGUCAGUGUAAACGGCUGGCUAUUGCUCUGGAGCUGGUCAAUAACCCCCCUGUCAUGUUCUUUGAUGAACCCACCAGUGGUCUAGACAGCGCGUCCUGUUUCCAGGUGCUGUCCCUAGUGAAAUCUCUGGCACAGGGUGGAAGAACUAUAAUCUGUACCAUCCACCAACCCAGUGCUAAACUCUUUGAGAUGUUUGACAAGCUUUAUAUCCUAAGCCAAGGUCAAUGCAUAUAUAAAGGGACAGUGCCUAACCUAAUACCCUACCUGAAAAACCUUGGACUCCACUGCCCAACAUAUCAUAAUCCUGCAGACUUUAUAAUUGAGGUUGCUUCAGGAGAAUAUGGUGAUCUGAACCAUGUGCUCUUUGAGGCUGUCCAGGGCGGCUUGUGUUCAGAUGAGGGCAAGAAAAACUCUGUUGACAAGAAUGACCCGACGACAUCUUGUAACUCCCAAUGUUAUACUGAUUCAGGCCCUAUUGAGAAACAUACGUUUGCUACCAGUUCCCUCACACAGUUCUGUAUUCUCUUCAAGAGAACCUUUAUCACUAUAUCCAGGGACGUGGUAUUAACCCACCUGAGGGUGAUGUCACACUUAUGUGUCGGUGUACUGAUUGGUCUGUUGUACCUGAACAUUGGAAAUGAUGCCAACAAAGUGUUUAACAACACAGGCUUCCUUUUCUUCUCUAUGCUGUUCCUCAUGUUUGCUGCACUCAUGCCCACAGUCCUGACAUUUCCACUCGAGAUGUCUGUUUUAAUGAGGGAACAUCUGAAUUACUGGUACAGUCUAAAGGCAUAUUACCUGGCUAAGACAAUGGCAGACAUUCCAUUUCAGGUCAUUUGUCCGAUUAUGUACUGCAGUAUAGUGUACUGGAUGACAGAGCAGCCUCCAGAAGCAGGCAGAUAUCUGCUGUUUAUGGCCUUGUCCACCUCCACUGCUCUAGUGGCUCAAUCUCUGGGGCUUCUUAUUGGAGCUGCAUCCACAUCACUCCAGGUCGCCACAUUCAUAGGUCCAGUCUCUGCCAUCCCGGUCCUGCUGUUCUCAGGCUUCUUUGUCAACUUUGACACCAUUCCCAAAUAUCUGCAGUGGAGCUCCUAUGUGUCAUACGUCAGGUAUGGCUUUGAAGGAGUACUUCUUUCUAUCUAUGGCAUGAACCGCUCAGAGCUAGACUGUCCAGUUAAAGUGUGUAAGUUUCAGAAACCAGAGGAGGUUUUACAGCUCCUGGAUGUGGAGGACGCUAAGCUCUACGUGGACUUCAUGGUGUUGGGGGCCUUUUUCUUAAUUCUGAGACUUGCCACAUACCUAGUCUUGCGUUAUAAAGUCAAAUCUGUGCGUUAGGAGCUUAUUAUUAGACAUAUAUUUGAUAUUAUAUAAAACACACAUAAAAUAAAUGCACAUUAACAUCCAUUUGUAUGCAGAAACCUUCAGACACCAAAACCACUGCACAUUGAUACCGGGGCCAUUAACUGGCAGUGCAACAAUAAUGUUCAUGUUUUUACUACUUGAAAAUGUUUUUAUUCUCGGAUGAGUAUAAAAUAGAAAAUAUUUUUACUUUGAUUUUCAUUUUUGAAUGUAUUACAUGCAGUUUUACUGUAAAAAUGCAUUGUACUCUAAUGUGACUUUGAACCUUGAAGCAUGUUGACAGGUCUGGAUGUUGUUAUAAUGACAAUCCCUUCAGAGCAUGUGGAUUGGCCAACAGGCAACAUAUGAAAAAGGGAUUGAGGGAUAGUCAUAUUGUUAAUGAAUUUCAUUCAGAUCCGGCUAAAAUGUUUUGGAAGAGAGUGUUCUGCAUGCCUCGGGCACUAUAGGACAAGCAUACAGCUGAACCAAGAACUUUGCUGAGCUUAAUCGGAUAUACAAGUUGACCAACCAGCGUAUCUUCAUUUUCGUUUUUGUCUUCCGACAAUACUCCUAGAAUUUAAGGAAUAGCAUUGACCUGCUGGAUUUAAAGAACCCUUUCUUUCAGUUCUGGUAAUUUUGGGAAAAGAAUUCCUGUCAGCCUAAAUCUGACCAUUUGAGGAAUGAUGCAGCAAGUGUCCUGAUGUGAACUGCCUGUAUUUUUUCCUGAGGGAAUCUGCUUGACAAACAUUUUGGCUGUCAGUAUCAAAUCCAUCUGUCCUGUUACCUUGACUUUCUGGACAACUGCCUGUAUGGAGGUUUUAGAGAUAAACGGCCAUACGUCUUGUUUUUUCUCUUUUGAAUUCAUUCAGUAGGGAUUAUACUCCUAUGAUCUAAAAGCUCCAAUAGUGACCAAAAAGGUGAAGAAUGUGAAUUGGGGCCGAUCACAAAAGCGCCUUUGAACUGAUUGCUUUUCAUUAGGAACGACAUUACGUGCAAUCCUGAUGUCUCACAUUAAAGGGGUAUUUCACUACCAAAUCAAAAUUUCCCCAUGUUUACUCACCCUCAAGACAUCCUAACUGAAUAUGUUUUUCUACUGGAAGAAUAAUCCAGCCAGAGUUAUAAUACAAUGCAUCAUUUUGCUUCCAAGAAGUAGAAUGGGAGUGAACGUUGUUGAUUUUUUGAAGCUCCAAAAAGUGCAUCCAUCGAUCAAAGAACUUCACUUGUUCCCGCAAAUGACAGUGACGAAAUCUCCCGCCAGAGUAGACAAUAUCCUAUUGGCUGAAAAUGAAAAAUGCAGCGUCGUCACCGGAACCUCCAAAACCCUGCGUCAUUUGCCAGAAAAAAACAAGCCUCUGGCUCACGCGCAUUCGAGAGAUGACGGAAGCUAGACAUCAACGUUAAUAGCUAUGCCAAUAUGGAUAUCUAUCUUAAACAAACGCAUCGAUUCGCUUCCGAAGACAUUUGUUAAGACCGCAGAGCUGUGUCGAGCAGUUCUUUGAUCAAUGGAUGCACUUUUUUGGAGCUUCAAAGAAUCAACUCCAGUUCACUUCCAUUCUAUGGCUUGGAAGCAACAUGAUUUGUCGUAUUUUAACUCACACUGGAUAAUUCUUCCAGACGAAAACCAGAUUCAGUUAAGAUACCUUGAGGGUGAUAUAUAAAACAUAGGGAAAUAUUGAUUUGGUAGUGAAAUAUCACUUCAAGCCUGUCUCAUAACAGCUGAACCUCGUGAUAUCCUCUUGUUAACGUCCAUCACUCAGGAUUUCAACAUUAGCUGUUAGCUGCACUAUAAAGUGAAUGACAUGACCACACACAGGCCAGAAUUGUUCGUCAUGAGAAACAUGGAAUGCUGGAUGAACAGUUUCUACAUCUUCCCUAUAAACCUGGAUGGAUUAAUCCUUGUCUCUUGUUUUCACCUUUAUGUACACUUCCCGUUCCUUGCUUCUGUGCCACCCAGCCAGGCAACUCAAUACUGCAAUGCAAACAUUUUCACAAAAGACUCUGUGAAAAUAUUUCUUCUAUGUGUUAUGUCUCCUUAUACAUUAAUGAAUACUUAUAUCCUGAAUAUAUACAAAAUGAAACUAAAUGUUAUGCUUCAAGCAAAUUGUAAAUACAUGUACAGUAUGCCCUUUUUGGUUUAUGUUGUUUAAUUGAAACUUUUUGGACGUUUAUUUGUAAUUACUUUUAUUUUUGUAUCCGUAAAUACAACAUGCACUGCUGGAAAGGGGGGUGUGAUGGGAAAAAGCAUGAGGAACUUGGAAUCAUAAAAUAGGAUUUCGCAAGGCAUUGUUUUGCAUAUUGUAAUCCCAAAAUACUCCCAAAUGAAGUUGUUUUUGCUAAAUAAUCAGCAGACGGUUCAUUUUAGGAGAUCUUAGUUAUGUUUUAGGAGCAUUACCCAUUGGGCUUAACCAAGCUGUUUUGUCAUUUGAGAAAUAAAAAUGCAAAAUAGGGGUUAGCCAUCAGAACGAAGAUUCUCAUUAGUUAGUAGCAUUUAGCUUUUACACAUAGUACUGUAAGGUAUGAUUGCUCUUUUCAAGAAUAAUCUGUCCACUGAAACAUUGCACACAGCUUUAAAGAUGAUAUUUUGAUCAUUCUGCAAUCAAAAAUGCUGCUUUGAUAGCUAUGUUUUAUUUUUUUUUGCCAUAUGGUAUACCCAGGGAAAACCAAGGUCAGCCAAGAUCAUAUAGGUGAGCACCCAUGGAUGCAUUUGAGGCACAGACUCCAUUCACAAAAGCAGAACAGACUCGGAGAUCGAUAAAAGCCGAGCAGACUAAAUCUUUUCUAUUCAGGAGUCCACAACUGAGCGUUUAAUAUUGUGUGGUAGUAACCAAUCUGCAGCCUGGCAGAUAAAAGCGUCUUAUCAGUUCGGUUUCCUUUGGCGUCGCUAGAUUCGAGCAAAAAUUGACAAGAUUUAUUUUUCCUUUAAUGGUAUAAAGGUGUAACAGAACGUGAAGUUUCGAUCUAUAGUGUGGAGAGUAGGGUAAUACCUAUUUCUUAUAGCAAUACUAUAGUCAUUUUCUGUGCCUAGUGAGUGUUAUUUCCUAUUUAAUCCUUGAAUGUUCCGCAUAAUUCCUGUGGUUGUCUAUCAAUUCUCUAUUGUACAAAUCACCAUUUUGUGUUUAUGUGCUAUUACUGUAUAUGUUUGUACGGGUUACUGUACAUGGAGCCUCAGCCGAGAGACACCAGAUUCAAACACUUAUAAUUACCACUUAUGUUUAAGGAACUAGUAUUGGAUCCAUUUUAAACAUUCAUCACAUUCUUUGUAACGCAUCAUGCAUGCCUUGACAAAUACAUAUUACAACAAUACUCAAAGAUUAGACAAAAGAUGAGCAGGUGAAGUGUAAUGGGAUUGUGAAAUAUUAAAAUAAGAGUUAUGUUUAUUCAGUUUUAUGUAUGAAAAUAUUUUGCAGGGUUUUGGCUUGCAUCGCAAUUGUGUAAAUUGUGUUCAGAAAACAUGAUUUAUUGCAGUUUCUGCAUAUUUGUUAUGUUUGUCUCAUCAGAAAUGCAAGUUAUACGCGCUAAACCAUGUUUAAAUGAUUAUAAUAAAUGCAUUUAUAUAUAACUAA